UCGUGUGCUUUUGCGCCAGCCUCCAGUAUAUAUUCUGGUGUUCGAACUCGCUGUGGUCCACUGCUCUUUCCUCUGAUCGUGUCGAACAGCUGACUAGAGCCUGUCUUCAAACUACUUCUUACUCGAUUCAUCAUCCUUCUGUCUCAACAUAAUUAAAUCGCCGUAUCCCAGCUCAUCAUGGCUUCCACCGACACCACCAAGAAGGCAUCGACCCCCUCUUCCACCUCUUCCACCUCUUCCGCCUCCGCCGCUUCUACCGCUUCUGCCGCUUCUGUCGCCUCUACGGCUGAUUCUACCUCUGAUGAACCAUGGACGCAGCCCAGCAGAGACCCGCUGAACCAAACAGAAAAGCAAUAUCUCAAAGACAACUUUGGCGAUGAAUACCACUUCCUCCGCGAUCACGGCCUGAGAAUCUGGAAGGACGAUGACCGAGAAGACGGCCGCGUUGUGCUGAGGAUGUACAUGGAGGGAAAGCAGAUUUACGGCUGAGGUGCGUACGGAUUCUCUUAAAUCGGAGCUCCGUCUGGAUUGACAUGAUGGCCAGUUUCAUCGGCUUGCUUCCCCUAUCGAAUGGCUGGGAAUUGUGCUAGUUGGCUCCGUGCCAUAUUGGACAUCAAGGUGUCGGAAAGGCGGAAUCCGUUGGGGCUAUUGCAUUGUACGGCUUUGACGGACGACUUGAAGGGCGCCCACCUCCCGCACUGUCUGAUGUGCGAUCGAUCAACUAGGAAAGCAGUAGACGCCUGUGGGAGCUCGCUCUCCAAAUUCAGUAGGAGGAAUGAAAUUUAAUUAAGCACG